AUGCAAUGUAGGAAAACAGCAUGUCCAGGACUGUGUGUUAACGGUGAUCUGGAAAGCCAGUACAAGACCCUGAAUGAGCAUUCUGGGUGGUGUGAGGUGGUGAUGGGAAACCUAGAAAUUGUGCUUACAGAUCACAACUCUGACCUCUCAUUCCUGCGGUGGAUCCGGGAGGUGACAGGAUAUGUCCUAAUCACCAUGAAUGAGUUCUCUACUCUGCCACUCCCCAACCUUCACCUGGUAAGAGGAGCCCAGGUCCAUGAUGGGAAGUUUACCAUCUUUGUCGUGCUCAACUAUAACACCAACUCCAACCAUGCCCUACGCCAGCUCCACCUCAAUCAGCUGACAGAGAUCCUGGCUGGGGGUGUUUACAUUGAAAGGAAUGAUAAACUUUGUCACAUGGGCACAAUUGACUGGAGAGACAUCAUCAGGGACCAACAGGAUGAGAUUGUGGUGAAGAACAAUGGCAAAAACUGUGCCCUUUGCCAUGAGUCCUGUGGGGGGAAAUGCUGGGGUCCUGGACCAGGAGACUGCCAAACACUGACAAAGACAAUCUGUGCUCCCCAAUGCAACAGCCACUGCUUUGGGCCCAAUCCCAACCAGUGCUGCCAUGAUGAGUGUGCAGGUGGCUGUGGAGGUCCCCGAGAGACAGACUGCUUUGCAUGCCGACACUUCAAUGAUAGUGGAGCCUGUGUGUCUCUGUGCCCACUGCCUCUUGUCUACAACAAACUCACCUUCCAACUAGAGCCCAAUCCUCACACCAAGUACCAGUAUGGAGGGGUCUGUGUGGCCAGCUGUCCCCAUAACUUUGUGAUAGAUCACACAUCCUGUGUCAGGGCCUGUCCUGGGGACAAGAUGGAGGUAGAAAAGAAUGGGAUGAAGAUGUGUGAGCCCUGUGGAGGGCUGUGUCCAAAAGCCUGUGAGGGGACAGGCUCAGGUAGCCGAUUUCAGACUGUGGACUCUAGCAACAUCGAUGGGUUUGUGAACUGUACCAAGAUCUUGGGAAAUCUGGACUUCCUUAUCACUGGCCUCAAAGGAGACCCCUGGCACAACAUACCUGCCCUGGAUCCUGAGAAACUCAAUGUCUUCCAGACAGUUCGGGAGAUUACAGGUUACCUGAACAUCCAGUCGUGGCCCCCCCACAUGCACAACUUUAGUGUCUUCUCCAACCUGACAACCAUAGGUGGCCGAAGUCUCUACAAUCGAGGUUUCUCCCUGCUGAUUAUGAAAAACGUGAAUGUGACAUCGCUGGGCCUUCAGUCCCUGAAAGAAGUCAGUGCUGGGCGUAUUUAUAUCAGUGCCAACAAGCAGCUCUGCUACCACCACUCUCUGAACUGGACCAGGCUGCUUCGGGGACCAAAGGAAGGGAGGCUGGAUAUCAAGCACAAUCGCCCCAAAAAGGACUGUGUGGCAGAGGGUCGAGUGUGUGACCUGCAGUGCUCAUCUGGGGGUUGCUGGAAACCUGGUCCUGGCCAGUGCUUAUCCUGUCGAAACUACAGUCGAGGGGGCGUCUGUGUGACCCAAUGCAACUUCCUUAAUGGGUACUGUAGGAAGCUACAAUUUAUGUACAGAAGCUGCAUUCUCAGGUUAAGCCUUGUUUCCUUUGCCCUGCAGUAAGACCCAUGUGGCUGU